UCUCGAACGCUGUCCCACCUCGGAAUGCCUAGUAGCAAGGAGGUUAGAAUAUUCUAUUCUAUUCCUCCUUGCCUAGUAGCUCAACCACACCACUAUGCGAAAAUACAGUUCUUCCAAAUUUUCCGCAGCUGUAUUUGUUUGAAUGUUACUGGCAGCACUUGUUGUAGCGGUGUUUUCGUUUUGUAUUCAUUUGAACAGUCGUUGCUAAGGCUGAAAGAUGAAGAGAGUUUUUACAAUUCCAAAGAAAUCACAUGGAUCUGGAUCUUUAUUGUUUUCAUGGCAGUCUGUUUCUGGAAACUAUCUUGUUACAACUGGCCUUGAUGAAGUUAUUAAUAUUUUUGAUAGACAUGGAGAAAAACAACAUGAAUUAUCUCUUCCUGGAAUUUGCUGUGGUAUAUCUUGGGAUAAAGAAGGCACAAUUCUUAGCAUUAUAUCUGAGCAUUCAAAUACAUUAAUUCUAUGGGACUCAAAUACUAGGACAGUUUCUCAUGUGGAUUCUGGUCUGCGUGAUCCAUUAACAUUAGCAGUAUGGUCAAAAAGUUCACCCUUGCUUGCUAUUGGUACGAUGAAAGGAAAUCUGCUCAUUUACAGUUAUCGAACAUCAAAAAAAGUAUCUAUCUUGGGAAAGCAUAGCAAACAGAUCACUGAUGGUUCCUGGAGUCAGCAAAAUUAUCUUGCUCUGGUAGCCAGUGAUAAAACAUUUACCCUUAGCAAUGCAGAUGGUGACACUAUGUAUAGAACUCAUUUGAAGGGCGAUCCAUCCAAAGUGCAGUUUUCAUCCAUGAAGCAAGAUGCACCUGGGGGUGGUGAAACCACUGUGAGCCUGAUAUUGAACAGGAAAUCUCUCUUUUUGUUGAAUAUACAUGAUCCAGAAGAUCCUAUUAUUUUAUCAUUUCAAGAGAAAUAUGGCAGUGUUGUUGAUUAUUGUUGGCAUAGUGAAGGAUAUAUUUUAUUAGGAUUCUCCUCAGGAUUUUUCAUUGUGCUUUCAACACUACUAAAAGAAAUUGGUCAGGAAAUGUGCCAUGUUCAGUGUUUUACUAAUAACCUUUUACAUAUGGUUGUAUGUACGUCUGAUUACAAAGUUAUUGGAUGUGGCGAUGAAAACAAGCUAAAGACCUAUGAUAUCAGAAACUUACAGGACAUGCUACAUAUGGUUACUGUUGAAGAUGAACAAGUAAUCAACUCAAUGGAAUGGAGUGAUGAUGGACAGCUGUUAGCUGUAUCUGGAAAGGACGGGAAUCUCCAUGUGUAUUUAACUAAGUUACCUGUUCUAGGUUCUGCAUUUCAUCAAAAGUUAGCUUUUCUCAGCUCACUGUAUGAAGUAUCAAUAUUCAAUGCUGCAAACAAAAAGAAUGAUGUUAAAAAACUGAAAAUUGAUAUUGAACCCAAAUUUAUUGCUCUUGGGCCUUUUCAUAUUGCUAUUGGCAUGAAUAACAGGGCUUGGUUUUAUAGUUUAAGUGAUUCAGGAGCUGACUUUCUCUAUGAUAGAGAAUAUUUAAGCACUGUUAAAAGUUUGAAUUUAAAUAGUGAUUAUGCAUCUGCAUGUAUUGAGGGGAAAAUUCAGCUUCAUACGAUUGAUGAACCCAACAUACCUUGUAUGGAAAGGGAAUCAAGAAUCUUCCCUGAUGCUGAUCAAAAAAAUACUAUUAUUACAUGCCAUGCUCUGACAAAUGAUUUUCUUAUAUUUGGAACUGAUACUGGAUUGAUUCAACUUUUUUCAUUGAUGGAAUGGGAAUUCUCAAUGUCUGUUAACCACCCAAUGAAUACUGCUAUCAAAUUUUUGUGUGCAGACCUUCCAGGAACUCGCAUGCUUGUAAUAGAUGCUAAAGGAUCUGCUCACAUUUAUAAUCCAAUAGAUUCUAGUCUUUUGAGUGUUCCUAAUUUUCAAACAACUGCAAGCACAGUUCUGUGGGAUCAUGAUGCAAUGUAUAAGGGUGUUUUCAUUUCAUUUGAUGAAGAGAAAGCUGAUUCUUUCAUCUACAUCCGUGACAGUAUAGAAGGUAGCAAAGUUGAACUGAUUCAUACAUUUCCUAAAAGUGAUUUAUAUCCUGCAUUGCUGGUUGGAGGGGAGCUGAUAUUUCUUACUGCAACAGGGAAAACAUCAGUUAUGUCUGUUCCUGGUCAUCGACUGGAUAUUUAUAGCAAUACCCAUGAUCCAGAUAUUCUGUUAAAUAAUUUCCAGUCAGCCUUGAAAUUAAGAAGGUUUGACCAAGCUUACUCUCUGGCAUCACUCAUGAAAGAUGAAAAGUACUUUUUAGAACUGGCCAAUGCAGCACUUUAUAACUUUAGACAUGUGUACAGUGUUAUGAGAUUAUUUCUUAUGUAUUCAUUAGCCUCAAGAGUUUUUGAAAAACUUGGAGAAGGUAGUGGAGUCCUGACGUUGGAAGGAAUUAAGGAAGUUGAAGAUAUCAAGUUAUUAUCUGGUCAUAUUGCUGAAUUUUUUGUCAAAAACUAUGACCUAGCUGAAAGUCUGUAUCUUGCUUCCUCCAACCCUUGUGCUGCAUUAGAAAUGCGAAAGAGUCUUUUUCAGUGGGAUUCAGCUCUGAAAUUAGCUGAAACAUUAAGUCCUAAAGAAGUUCCUUUUAUUUCUAAAGAAUAUGCUGAGCAGCUUGAAUUCACAGGUGAUUCUGUAAGUGCUCUUCAUCAUUACGAAAAGGCUUUGCUUGACGACUCUCUAAAUGACACUGAGACUUUGCAUCAAAACAUAUGCAGAGCUGGUAUUGCUAGAACUGCAAUCAGGUGUAGCGAUUACAGAAGUUCAUCUAAUAUCUGUAUUAAGCGUUCGGUUUGGGGAGAUAUUGCUAAAGUGUUUGAUCCCUUAGGUUUCCUAGGACCUGUAAUCAUACGCGCUAAGAUGUUUCUGCAAAGACUGCGGAUUUUACAUCUAGAGUGGGAUGGUCAACUUCCUUUCAAAGAGCGACAAGAGUGGGAGACAUUUCAAAAUGCUUUACCAGAGUUGAAACAAAUUAAAGUCCCUCGUUGCAUUCUAAUAGAAUCAGUUGAAGAAAUUGAGCUCCACUGUUUUGUUGAUGCAUAA